AUGUCUACCACAAACACAAUUGUAACAACUUCUCUUAUCUGUAGCAAUUUGUAUGGUUCAGCUACUGUGACAGCAAGUCCCGUGGUGGAUGGUGGACAGGGAGGGGGCAAGUUGCAGCUGCUUCAACAAACUGUGCCUGAGCCAUGUGAGGUUGUGGAGAUUGAAACCUGCAGCCAGGCAUCAGGAAAGAGUGAUUCCAGAUCAGAAUCAGUCUAUUCUUCAAGCACAUCCAGCAAUUCUAAAGAAGAAGAAAUGCAUCAAAGCCAGAAGGAAGAUCUUGGUGUUAGACACUCUGACAGGCCUUUACCCCAGGAUGUGGAACAGAAGAGCUCCACCACCUGGAAUGAUAUGUGCUUUCAUGUGCACUUGGCCAAUGAGCCCUGCUCAGAUGCAUUACAUAUGAGAAAGGAGAGGGCCAUGAAAAUAUAUUACAUGUAUGUUAAAAGGCAGAGAGAGGCCAACACUGUAUAUAACACACAGGAAGGCUUGUUGCCUCUCAAGAAGAGGGCAAGAGUGCAAGAACUGAGCUGCACUGGGAAAGUCCCUUUGGAAGCCAGCUGUUCUGUGGUUACAGAAGACAUGAUCAUCGACAGUGAGGCCAGCUGUGACACCGUAGAUGAAGACACUUUCGAGGCUGAGGGCCCAGCAGAGCUGCUAGCCCUGGAGGAGAAGCCCAGAAUGAAGACACCGGAGUGGCUCUUGUGGCCAGAGAGCGGCUCUAAAUGCAUGGCCUGCUGCCGAGUGUUCCCCAGCCUGGACAUCCUUGAGGAACACGUAAAGAAUGGAGUCAAGGAGGGCUUCAAUUGCUGCAUUUUUCAUCUGGCCUUUGCCUGGAUGAAAUCAAAAGAAUCGUGAACAGAAAGAAGGCAAAGAAAAGGAGAACGCAGAAAAAUCAGGCAGAGUACACCUAUGUAUGGAAGGCAGAAAUGUUUUGACAUGAGGAAAACAUCAAGCAAAUAAGCCAAGUGAUUUCAGCCCAUGAGAAAGAGGACAGGCAGCAGUCUCACUGGGCUGACACAGCUGCAUCCACUCCAAGCAGCUGCAAGACCUGCUUUUGAUUGCACAAACCCAUCACCUAGUGACCCACAGGACCAUGGAACCUUGGCAAAUGGCAUCUGCAAUCCUCUACAGAGAGAAAGAAAAGUAGGCAGACCCUAACAGGAAGACCAUAUGCCCUCCCAACAGUAACAAACACCCUGACGUUACCACCAGCCCAGGUGAGAGGAAACUCACUCCCUGGAAAUACAGACCGCUGUCAUCUGCAAUUUAAACAGGUGAGAGAUAACAGGUAGGAAAGCAUCCCCAAAGACGCAGCAGUCAUGGUUUGAAACAAGUGGGAUCAGUAGGAUAUCUGCUUGGUUGACAACACUAGGGCCAGUGUCCUGUCCAGGUCC